AUGGAGUCACCUACUUUUCUGCUCUUACGCAAGAGGCAUGAAGAGGCAGCUACAGCUCUUAGGAGGCUUCGAGGUCCACAUUAUGAUGUCAUGAUGGAAAUGAAUCAAGUCAUCAAGCACAUCAAUGAAUCCCAAGAAACAAGAUCUCAUUUCAGAGAUAUAUUCCAAUGGAACUAUCUAAAACCUGUUGGGUUGCUUUAUGCAGCAAUCCUAGGCUCCCUGAAUGGGGUAUAUGGGGGCUUUGAUGUAGGCUUUGCUUCUGUGGGAAUACCCUCUUUGGAAAAGGACAAAGAUGCUCCCUUCACCCUUACAACUGAAGUCAAGGCUUUGUUUGUGAGCAUUGUGACUCUGGGAGAGUUCCUGGGAAGCCUGGUGUCGGCCUUGAUUGCAAAACGCUGGAGUCGCAAGUGGUUGCUCAUCACACUUCUCUUCCCAUUACUUGCCACCUGGAUCAUGGUUGCAUACCCACUGAACUUGUUCAUGUUCAUGACAGCCAGGGCUCUCCAUGGAAUCUUUUUUGGGAUUCAAUUUCCAAUUUCACAAUUAUAUGUGGCAGAGAUUUCACAUAAAGAUCAAAGAGGCCUCCUGACAUCUGGUAAUAUGGUCUGCAUGGCAUUUGCAACAAUGCUUGCAUACAUCCUUGGGAUGUUCAUGGAUUGGAGGGCAUUUGCACUUACUCUUGGUCUAAUCCCCAUAGCAUUAGUCCCCACCCUCAUCUUUGUGCCAGAGUCACCUACUUUCCUCCUCUUGCACAAAAGGCAAGAAGAGGCAGCUGCAGCCCUUAGGAGGCUUCGAGGUCCACAUUAUGAUAUCACCACAGAAAUGGACCAGAUCGAUGAUCAUACUCGUCCAACACCUCCUAUCCCACAAACGCAAGUGGCUCCCCAAGGAGACUCGCUAAGUCCUUUACUAUUCACCUUAUACACAUGCAAUCUCAUAAAGCAACUCAAGUCGGAUGCCACUCUGACCAAUCACCCCAUCAACCUCCUCCUGUAUGCCGACGACACGGUCAUAUACUCCCGACAUCAUGCUGCCAACCAAGUCUCACUUGACUCGAUAAAGAAAUGGUCUUCGGCAAACGAAAUCCAGAUCAACACCUCAAAGACUCAAAUAAUGAAAUUCCGAAGAGGCGGCCACCUGGCGUCCACGGACGAAUUCCUAUACAACGGAACGAAAGUACAGAUUGUCCCGGCCAAUGAAUACCUUGGUGUUGCCUUUCAAUCGAAAGGCUUUUGA